GAAACACAAAUAUUACAACACAGUCUGAGAAAGGAUAGCAAUUGAAAAAAUACAUUUAUUUGAAAUGUUUUUCCUGAAAUUCUUCAUCUUAUCUCUGAUCCUCUCUGUCGCACUGGGUCAGGAUACAAGGUCAGUUCUUAUCCAAUCUCCUAAAACAGUGACAGUGAAUCAUGGUGGGACAGUAACAUUUCACUGUGAUUUGCGAAGCAGUAAUGUCGAUUACACCGUGGACAAAUAUGAUGUACACUGGCACCAUUCCCGACACGGGCCAGUUGUAUUGACACAUUUUGCAGGCGGUGGUGUUCACCGAUUGAGAGGAUUCUCUGAGCGGUUUCAGCUUUCCAGAGAAGUAACCAGUAACAGCUACAUUCUGACCAUCAGAGAGCUGCAGCUCAGUGACACCAAUACCUACAUCUGUCAGAUUUGGGGGACAGUAUUUGGGAAAGGGACCCAGCUGAAUGUGACCAAUCGAGAUACAUGGCCAGUGCUUAUCCAAUCUCCUGAAGCAGUGUCAGUGCCUGAGGGUGGGACAGUGACAUUUCACUGUGAUUUGCGAAGCAGCAAUGUCAAUUACACUGUGGACAUAUACACUGCACACUGGCACCAUUCCCGACACGGGUCGAUCAUAUUGACACAUUUUGCAGGCGGCGGUGUUUCCCGAUCGAGAGGAUUCUCUGAGCGGUUUCAGCUUUCCAGAAAUGUGACCAGUAACAGCUUCAUUCUGACCAUCAGAGAGCUGCAGCUCAGUGACACCAAUACCUACAUCUGUGAGAUUUGGGGGAAAGUCUUUGGGAAAGGGACCCGGCUGAAUGUGACCAGUGCAAAUGUCCCAGUCCUUCUCCAGUCACCAAUCCUGGAACGUGUCACCGAGGAUCACACUGCCCGGUUACAGUGCAUCGUGAUGAACGCCGCAGUGACACACACCGAUGUUCACUGGUACCGGGAACAACCAGAGAAUAACACGGAGUGGGUUUUAACACAUGACGUGAAGAAUAUCAAACAACGGAGCCCAGGAUUUACUGAGCGGUUCCAGUCUUCCAGAGAUCCCUCCAGUAACAGCUUCAUUCUGACCAUCACAAAUGUGCAGCCCUGUGACACUGGGGUCUAUUAUUGUAAAGUGUGGGGAGAUAUCAAUGGGAAUGGAACCCAGCUGACUGUAACAGAAGUCAACCACCUUUGGAAGACAAAACUUAUUUGGUUCAUUCUGGGAGCUCUGUUUGGAAAUACAGCAGUGAUUUUAUUCAUUGGAUACACAUGUCUGAGAAAAAAGCACUCCAUUACAUCACAAUCCGGAGCAGCUAAUGAUCUGAACACAACUGCAGAUUAUGGAAAUAUGAAAAUGCUGCAGAAUGCAGGAGAUUUUCCAGAAGAUUCCAAUGCUGUGUACUCGACACUACAGCCAAUGGAUCAGUCUGUUUACAGCAACAUUAAAGAAACAGGCAAGAUAUAAACAGCUGACAGAUGAACUGCUGAACAAAUCCUUCCUGAGGGAUGAAGACACCAAAUGGAUAUUUUGAUCAAGAAAGAUCAUUGGACCAAACAAGUCUGUUCUCCAUCUUUUUUCCCAAUCCUCUCUCCUGUUCCAGAAACUGAUCUGAUUCGCUGCUGCCCCCAGUUUCUCUGUUCACAUCAGCAUCUCUCAUUGGUUACACGUUCUACAACUCGAUCCAUGUUUGAGUAGUUUUCAUUGAUUCUUUCCUGGAAUGUGGGUCUCAUUAGCAAGGCCAGCAUUUGUUCCCAAUCCCUAAUUGCCCUUGAGCUGAUUGAUACUUUGGGCCAUUCAGGGGCCAGUUAAGAGUCAGAUAUAUUACUGUGGGUCUGGAGUCCCUUAUAGGCCAGAGCAAAAG